CAUGUAGCGUCAUAUUCAAUACAAUGGAACAAAAAGAAGGAAACGAAGAAAAAUAAUAUUCCUUCACACAGCCUAUUUUCUCACAGUUUAUGUACAAACUUUGAAUAAAGUAUACCCAACAAAUCUAUCGGUUACUGAUAGGGGCGGCAUGUCGUUCGAGACUUUACAUCUGUUUGCGCAACUGCGGUACUUAAACUUGGAGCCUAGCUAUAUCAAGCGUUACUACCGGUAUCAGAAUAUCAUUACUUUACAGUAUGAUCAGAGGUUUAUUCCCGAAAGACAGCUGUUCUUAGGGGCAGACCUAGCAGCGGCACAUUUCAUCGUUCAUCGCGGAGGUAGUGUGAAGUUUCUUGGCGACGAAACUUGGCAUCGAAGAAACGACCGCGGCGAGUACAUUCUUCCUGGAAAACGAGUGUCCAAUCUUUUUGUCGAAGCGAUCGAUGCGUCAAACACUUUUUUAAUGUUUGAAGGCUUCUCCAAUUUGCACGGCUUGCGGAAAUUGCGCUACCUGCGCAUCGCCGAUUGUCCCUUCAUCAGCGACUGGUGCAUGUCGAAGAUGAGUCAGUUCAGCAACUCACUGGAGUAUUUGGAUUUGAGUGGCUGCUCCAAACUGACAGCCAGCGGAAUUAGUGGACUCAGUUGCUUAAAGUAUGUCUUCGUAUUUGUUGCAAAGACUCGUAUCAUCAUAAAAAUGAGAGAAAAAACC